AUUAUACCAAUGUAUCUGGUUAUACUACAAGACUAUAAUACCCACAAAGCAUUGCGACUAAAUUGAAAACACGGGCACGAGUUGAGAGGUCGCUCCAAGAAACCGGUGAGUGAAUGACAGAAGGAAAUGCAGAUAUUAGAUUAAGUGCCUCCGAUGGCUGGACGGCUGUUGAAAGUGUCCACUGUCGCCGCUGCUGUGUUCGCCUCGUCCGGAUUUUACCUGCACAACAAGCAUGUGGACCUAAAUGACAUCAGCCUUAUUAGGUUCGGCAGAGCAGCGGCAACGACUGCAGUAAUCAGCUAUGACUAUAUCACCACUUUCCGCAAUGUGUCAUAUGGUACAGAGGAGUAUUGGGACCUCAAGUCUAAGGUGCACCGGCGCUCUGCGGAGAGGCUGCGGGACUUGUGCUGUGCAAACAGAGGCACCUUCAUCAAGGUAGGGCAGCAUCUGGGCGCCCUGGAUUACCUGCUGCCCCAGGAGUACACCAGCACCCUGAAGGUGCUGCACAGCCGUGCACCCCAGAGCACCAUGGACGAGAUCCAGCAAGUCAUCCGCGAGGACUUGGGGAAAGAGAUCCACGAGCUGUUCAGUAGCUUUGAUGAGAAUCCCCAGGGUGCGGCCUCCCUCGCCCAGGUCCACAAGGCCGUGCUGCAGGACGGCAGGACUGUGGCAGUCAAGGUACAGCACCCCAAAGUGCAGACGCAGAGCUCCAAGGACAUCAUCGUGAUGGAGUUCCUGGUCCAAGCGGUCCACUGGCUGUUCCCAGACUUUGCGUUCAUGUGGCUGGUGGAGGAGGCCAAGAAGAACAUGCCUCUGGAACUAGACUUCCUCAACGAGGGCAGGAACGCAGAGAAGGUGGCAGGCAUGCUCAAGCACUUUGACUUCCUGAAGGUUCCAAAGAUUUACUGGGAUCUUUCGACCAAGCGUAUCCUGACCAUGGACUUUGCUGAGGGGGGCCAGGUGAACGACCGAGAGUACAUGAGACGAAACGGCAUUGAUGUCAAUGAGAUCUCGCAGCACCUGGGGAAGAUGUACAGUGAAAUGAUAUUUGUGAACGGCUUCGUGCACUGCGACCCACACCCGGGCAAUGUCUUGGUGAGAAAGUGUCCGAGAAGCAACAAGACGGAAAUUGUGUUACUCGAUCACGGCCUGUAUCAGGUGCUGAAGGAGGACUUCCGACUGGAUUACUGCCGCCUGUGGCAGGCCCUGAUGAAGGCUGACAUGAAGGGCAUCGAGAGGUACAGCCGGCGCCUGGGGGCCGGGGACCUGUACCCGCUCUUUGCCUGUGUGCUCACCGCCCGCUCCUGGAAGUCCGUCAGCGAGGGCAUCAGCCAGACACCCGUCACCACCUCAGAGGAUGUGGAGAUCCGCACCAACGCAGCCCAGUACCUACCUCAGAUCAGCGAUCUGCUCAAUCGGGUCCCCCGGCAGAUGCUGCUGCUCCUGAAGACCAACGACCUGCUGCGGGGCAUCGAGACCAUCCUGCAGACCCGCGCCAGCUCCAGCUCCUUCAUCAGCAUGUCCCGCUGCUGUACACGUGCCGUCGCCAGUCACAGAAGGAGUAAGACACGCUCCUGGAGCAAGCGUCUGCAGAUUUUCCUGUCCGAGGCGAUCACGCUGGGGCAGAUCAGCUUGUAUGAGAUGUUCUUGUGGAUGAAGAGCUCCACGUUGGGCUGCUGGGUCUUAGCACUCGUCAGUUUCCUGCCUGGAACAAGCUGAAGAGGCGUGCUCUUGUAGUCCCCCCCGCUCAGUCUCGAUCUAUUCCUCUCUCUCUGUCUGUAUCUCUCUCUCUAUCUUUCCCAGAGUCUCUAUCUGUUUCUCUCUCUGUGUCUGUAUCUCUGUCUCUCUCCCUCCCUCAGUCUCUGUCUGUAUCUCUCUAUACUACUGCUACUUUUCCCCCUCUACCUAUUUGUGUGUCUCUGGCUAUCUCUUUCUAUCUAUCCUUUGCUCUCAUUUUCUCUCUCCGUCUGUCCCUCUUGUUUUCUCUCUCUGUCUGUCCCUCUU